ACGUCUUCGAGAGGGAAAAUCAAAAAAAUUGAAACACAAACAGAGAGAGAGAGAGCAGUGAGCAUCAAUGGAGUCGAGGAGGCUCCCAAGCAGUAGUAGCUCAGAGAAGAAGCUUAAACGACGAGAGAUUCUGGAAAAGAAGAAGGCAAUCGAUCAACUUAUCAAAGCUGCUUAUGCUCAAAACGAUCAUCUCGAUUAUUUCCCGCCAUUUCGCCAUUUCCAAAGGAAUGGCGUGUGUGUGCAUUUGGAAUCUGGGCGUGGGGAUAAACUUUCCUCUUCUGAGAAGCACUACAUUCAAAAUCUGCUAAAGGUCAAUAUGGAGGGGCCUUAUGGCUCUGAGUGGCCCACAGAGGAAAAGGUGAAGCGUAGAGAAAUGGUUGCCCCUGAAGCACGUUACAUUUUUGUACGUGAGGGCAAACCUCCAAAUGCAAGUGCUACUGAAGAUAAAGCCCCUAUUGUUGGAUUUGUACAUUAUCGGUUUACCUUGGAGGAAGAGGUCCCGGUUCUCUAUGUGUAUGAACUACAGCUUGAGCCUCGUCUUCAGAGGAAAGGACUAGGGAAAUUCUUGAUGCAAUUGAUUGAGCUAAUUGCUCGUAAGAACUGCAUGGGUGCUGUGGUGCUAACUGUUCAAAAAACAAACUUGUUAGCAAUGAAUUUCUAUUUAAGUAAGCUGAGAUAUAUCAUAUCAAGUAUAUCACCAUCAAGAGUUGAUCCAUUGACUAGAGUUGACAAGAGUUAUGAAAUUCUCUGCAAAGUAGUCGAUCAGGAAUAUAAAACCGUGUUGGAGGAGAGCGGAUGAGCAGAGCCGUGCCAAUUUCAUUCUGAUUCUUGAAAGUUUUUAAGAUUUGGCAUGCAGUCAUUCCGAGAAUCCGAGUCAGAUGAUGAAGGGACCAAAUACAUCAAAAUCAACUCAGGGAUCAUAAUCUGGUUAGAAUUGUAGCCAGUGAACUUCUAUUUUGGUGGUAUAAUGUGAAUAUGCUUGUGCUUGUUAUUUCACAAGUAAAUCUGAAAGUAGAACUCUUUUAUUGUUAUUGUUAUUUAUAUAAAGGAUUCAUGAAGUAAACCUAUUACAGCAUUGUUCAAUACGAAG